CCCUGAGCUCGGCUACUUUCGUUGUCAUAUACUUCGGUGUGUGCAAAUGGGAGAUGGAUCGUGAGCGCUGUUUUUAGUGAGAUACCUGAAUUCUUUAACUGUUAGAAAUUGUCACAUAGGGUCACAUUUAUUGAUUUACACUUCACGUCCUCUCCACACACACAGGGCAUUGAUGGUAAUGUAUGCAAGGAAACAACCGAGACUCAGUGAUGGGUGUCACGAAAGAAGGGAUUCUCAGCCCUAUCAGAAUCUUAAAUACCCAUCAAAGAUUCAUUCUACUAGUGUUGAACCUCGACACGAGAAGACCCGUGACGGUGCAGAUCCUUCUCCACCAAAUAAAAUGCGGCGAUCUGAUAGCCCUGAAAGCAAGUAUACUGAUAGUGUUGGUCAUGGCAAGUCCAAGGCUGCUCAUGUUCACAGAGUCCGAGAGCAAGAAGGUGGGACAAGUUAUUCCCCACAAGAAAAUCAUAAUCACAGCACUCAUCACAGCACCAAUUCACACACUGCUAAUGCUACCAGCAAUCCAAGUAAAACUUCAGAUCUACCAUAUGAUUCUUCUGAUGACUGGUCUGAACACAUUAGUUCUUCUGGGAAGAAAUAUUAUUAUAACUGCAGAACAGAAGUCUCUCAGUGGGAAAAACCAAAGGAAUGGCUCGAAAGAGAGCAAAGACAAAAAGAGGCAAGUAAAGUCGCAGUUGUUAACAGUUUUCCAAAAGAUAGAGAUUAUAGAAGAGAAGCUAUGCAAGCAGCACCUGCUAGUGGUUUUACCAGUGGAAUGGAAGAGAAACAUUCUAGUGAUGCCAGUAGCACACUGCCACAGAACAUUUUAUCUCAGACAAGCAGACACAAUGACAGGGACUAUAGACUGCCUAGAACAGAGACUCUCAGUAGUGCAGCUCCGGUUCAGCACCCUGUCAAACCAGUGGUGCACACAGCUGUUGUGCCAAGUACUGUUCCUUCUAGUCCUUUUAAUCUUCAGUCUGAUCAGCAGCCAAAGAAAUCAUUUGAUACAAAUGGAGCAGCUAUGUUACCGAAGCUGCCUACACCUACAUCUUCCAUCCCUGUACAGAAAGCAGAAAGGAAAGAAGCUGUGCCAGUGGACAAAUCACUUUCUCAUUCCUGCACCACCCCUUCCACAUCUUCAACAUCGUCAUCAUCUGCAUCAUCCUGUACACCAUCUUCUGGGUUAAACCCUGCUGCUACUCAGUCCACAGCAUCUACAGUUCCUGUUUCUCCUGUUCUUCAGUCCCCAGUUCCUCCAUUACUUCAAGAUCCAUCUCUUCUUCGACAGCUGCUUCCAGCAUUGCAGGCCACUUUGCAGCUUAAUAAUUCCAGUGUGGAUAUAUCAAAAAUAAAUGAAGUUCUUACAGCAGCCGUGACUCAAGCUUCUUUACAGUCCAUACUUCAUAAGAUUCUCACUGGUAGUGCUGGGCCAUCUGCUUUCAACAUUACGUCUUUACUGUCCCAGAUUUCACAGCUGUCUUCACAAGCCCAGCAGUCAAAUCAGUCUCCAAUGUCCUUAACGUCUGAUGCAUCCUCACCAAGGUCAUAUGUCUCUCCAAGGAUAAGCACACCACAGCCUAAUACAGUUCCUCUAAAACCUCUGAUAAAUACACCGCCAGUUUCAACGCAGACAAAGGUAACCCCGCCAGUUGUAAAACAAGGACCAGUAGUUCCACAGCCAGUAGUAGUUCAGCAGCCUGUCACUGUUGAUAAACAACACGCACAUGAACCAUCCUCUCCACGGAGUCUUCAGCGGUCGAAUAGUCAAAGGAGCCCUUCACCACCGAGUACAAAUAACUCUACCAGUAGUGGACCAAGUUCAGCUUCUGCACCACAGAAUACAUCCACACGGUCUUCGUGCUCCUUAACACCAACGCUAGCAUCACACUUCAAUGAAAAUCUUAUAAAGCAUGUGCAAGGAUGGCCUGCAGACCAUGCAGAAAAACAGGCAUCAAGAUUACGUGAAGAGGCCCACAACAUGGGGAGUAUUCAUAUGUCAGAACUUUGUACAGAACUAAAAAAUUUACGAUCUUUAGUUCGGGUUUGUGAAAUUCAAGCAACUUUACGUGAACAAAGGAUAUUGUUCUUACGACAGCAGAUAAAAGAACUUGAAAAACUGAAGAAUCAGAAUUCCUUCAUGGUGUGAGCAGUUUCACGCAAUGCACAUGGUUUGAAUACAGGAGAUACAAAACUGCUUGCCCAGUCUUGACACUUAAAGCUGCAUUGAAGUAGACUUUCGACUGUUGAACUGGGCAGAAGAAAUGGAACUGGAGGGGGAAAAGAAAAGAGCUGAUUCAGGGGAACCUACAAGGUUGAUUUGUAAAACCCUUGAAAUGUAGAUUUCUUGUAGAUGUAUCCUUCAACGUUGUAAAUAUGUUUUGUAGAGUGAAACCAUGGGAAGCCAUGUGUAUCGGAGCUUUGACAUCAAGAACUUGAACUUAAAAAGCUGAGGUGGCUCAGUACCUAGCCUUUACAUGUAAACUUGUCUGCAAAAUUAGCUGUCAUUUUUUAAUUUAUCAUUCAGUGAUUUAUGCAUUUCCUGGAAUUGCACCAGACAGUUUGUGUCUAAGGCUGCAGCAGCUUGGAACAGAGUUGGCAGUGUACAGAUUAAUAUGGAAAGAAGGAACAACUGGCAACACAAACUUGCACCUUAUCAGGAGCAGUGCUACACAUUUCUUUUUGCAGGGUGAUGCUUUUCUGUAUGUCAACUCCCCCUUCCUUUUUUAUGUUCUUCCUUUGCUUGUUUCUUAUUAAGGCAAUAUUGCCAAGCACUUUGGUUCCAUAAUCUCUUCAUUCCUGUGUACAGAAGCUUAAAAGCAGUUGUAUAAGAAAGUUACAGUGAUUGGACCCAUUUGUAUGUUUAACUUAUUGCAACAUUUUUACACCCUGUAAGAAUGGAAUUUGGCUGCUGAGAAAUGUGUUCUCAAAGGACAAAAACCUAAACAGAGAUAAGCCCCCAAAAAGUUUGCUGACAUAGUUAUGGGAGGGCCGAGGAACAUAAUGGUCAAAUAUGAGUUAUAUGUAUUGUAAUAAACAUUUAAAAACAGAUAGCACUGGUUAUUUUUUUUUAUUCAGGCAAUACGUAUUGGAAGCUGGAUUACUUGGGGGUAUUUUAUUAAUAUAAUCCUUGUUGAAUAUUUUUGUACCUGAAAUAAGUCUCCCAAAGGGAGAUGUUGCCUAAGCUCUGUAAAAAAAAUUGUAUAAAAUAUUUAAAUUAAACAGGAAUUUCAGCAAGGAUUAGCAGGACCUUCCCCCCAGUAUAUGUUGUCAUGUCUCAGUUUUACUUGGCAUUUCUUUUCGAAGGAUGUAUGUGUUGUAGCUAACCGUUCAAGUCCGGUGCUGACUGCUGUUCUUAGCCAUCACAAAACGCUAAAUCUGUGUAAUUGGAGCAUACCACUGUUGGCAAGAAAUGGUGGAAAAGCUCAGCUUUGUAUAUUGUUUCCUAAAGUAUAUUAAAAGAAUAAAAACUAUGCUACAACAUGA